AUGCAGAGGUCAAAGUCAGUUGGCCUUAUCCUCAACCUUUCGGCCUUCCGCCUCCUAUGUAGCCUUGUCAAUGCCAACCUCUGUAACCGCUCGGCUACUUCUUGUGCGUCUUACGCUUACUCCCUUGUGAGGUCGCACAUUCGACCAUCUUUUCUCGAUCCUCAGCUUCAAGGAAGCUUUGCUAGGCACACGCUGUUGAACCGUCUGUCUGCAGUCGCGAACCGUCUGAUCAAGGACGGGGUCGUAGACGAGCCGGCAAGGAAGCGACUGGCGAGUCUCGCGGACGAGGUUCCAACCAAAGUUCCUCUGCGAGCUCCUUUGCACAUAAGGCCGCACACCAACAUAUCCGAAGGCGAAUGCGGGCAGAUUAACGAAGAGUGGAAGAGAUGGCUAGAUCUUCAGUCCUCCAUCCGAGACUGGUCUGAGGCCAGGCCACUCAUUAGUACAGAGAUGUACUUCCACCGCAGAGUGUUAGACGAGGUCGGUUACUUCGACGAGGGCCCGACGUUAUUCAGGGAUCCGUUUGAGAGUCAGAAGGUUGAGAGCAUCCGAUCGGCUCUUGCUAGCUCCUCCUUCCUGCAGACGGUGCAGCUGCUGCUGGAUGCCGUCGGGUCUGUUAGUCGAGAGGAGAGGCUGCGCGAGUACCUCGGUUUAUUCAUGUUCUCUUCCUUGUGGGGCAACCAGGGCGACCUCGCUCUUGCUCCUCUGGAUGCGAAGAACGUCAACGCUGCUGAGACGAUCACGUCGAACUGCUCUUCCUCCCAACUUGUCGUCAACCAUCUAGAGGAGGCUGUCCGUCAUAUCUCAGGGUUUGACAGCGACACGAACAGGAUAGACUUUGUGCUUGACAACUCAGGGAUCGAGCUCUUCUGUGACCUCGUCCUCACGGAGUUCCUCCUUUCCUACGGGUUUGCAAACAAGGUCGACAUGCACAUCACGUCGUUGGAAAAUCAUGACAACGCGCUGCUGAAGAAGCUUGGCUUGAACCUGCGAAGGCACGUCAACGAGGGCCUCAUCGAAAUUCAGAGUCACAUGUUCUGGACUUCCCCCCGCCUCUUCUGGGAGAUGCCCUCUUCCCUCGCGCAGCAGCUCCGGUCCUCCUCUCUCGUCAUCGUCAAAGGAGACGCAAACUACAGGCGCCUGAUCGGCGACCGUCAGUGGCCAUGCGAGACGUCGCUGCAGGACAUCGUCAAAGAAUGGUUCCCCUCGGCCCUGCUCAUGCUGAGGACCAUGAAGUGCGAGAUCGCGGUUGGAAUCAACAAAGAAAAGGAGGAGCGACUCUUUCGACAAGACCCCAGCUGGCAGGUGACCGGCAAGUACGGGUCCAUUCAGUUUGUUCGAGGCGGUCAACUUAAGACAACAUAA